AUGGAACAGUACGAUCACUCAUCUGCUGCAAACGCUCGUUCUUCGUCGGAGACUUGCUCGUCCAGAUGGCGUACGAGUCCCUCUAGUCCAGCAGUAGACUCGACGCUGCAACACAAACCUUCUCUCGCUACCACGCGAUCGAGCAGCUCGGCAUCUGUAUCUGUAUUUUGCUCCAGCCACGCAGAAGCAUCAUCAGCAUCAGCAUCAGCAGCAUCACCACCACCCGUCUCUUUGGCGUCUACUCGAUCUUCCCGCCAGCCAGCAUAUUCCGAGACACUGAAGAGUCCGAAAUCUCGGAGCUUUGAAAAGCCGAAACGUCUUCCGGUCUAUAUCCGCAUCGUUCCCAAAGACAUCUGGUUACGCAUCCACGUAGAUCCGAGCCAGACGAUUGGAUCUAUCAAAGACACGGCACUGUUCAAAGCCAAUGCACCCGACCACGAUGCUUCGCUAUCGUACCGCUUCUACCAGGACGCCAUCAAUGCUUCGGUGCAUGCAAAGAUUGCACCCGUCGCCGCGCACGAUAAGGUGAUUAAGCAUCGCACCUAUGCGUUGCCAAGGUCUUUCGUCUGUCCUCCACCGGACCUCACCGACAUACCUGCUUGCGUAGCUGCGUCCAUAGCUGGCAUCGGUCGCGCCAACAAAUCACGCUCGCAUGGCGAUCAAAGUCUACGCUCUGCCGGCAACUCUGUGUCUCCGCCAGGCGUGCCUCCGCUGCCCACGUUUGAUACCGCAUACAGCCCAUGUCAGGCUCAAAGUUCACUGCGCGCUGCCUCGGUAUCGCCGUACGCAUCCCAGCACAAGCCAACUCCAUCUUCGUCUCCGCGUUCGCAUACCAUACCCUUGGCUUUCUCCCCACAUGCGCUCAACCGCCGUACGCCUUCAGCAAAGUCAGCAAGCAGCGGCGAUGGCGUCAGCGCUUGCACAGCACUCAUCACUCGCCAGAUCUCGAAUUCGACGCUCGCCACUUCUCCUCCGUCCACAUGGUCCGACGGCGGACGAGCAAGCAACAUUGCCAUGGUCAGCUCGGAUGCCAGCGCCUCGGAUACAUCCCACUCGCAAUCGGUCUCGGCUUGGAAUGUGCUCAAUGACAUCUCGAUCUGUCUCGAUGCAUCGUUGAUCACGGGCAAUCGCAACGCAAAGCUAGAAGAGGACGUGGCAAGAUCGAGGCUCUUGCAGUGGAAUGCUCGUUACGCAUCUACAGGUAGUACGAAGCCUCGCAAACAGAGCGAAACCUAUGCGUCCAUGGUGCAGUGGGAUUCGCAUGCUCGAUGCAAAAGCUCGUCGGCGCAGAGCUACAGCGCGACGCCAACGAUGCGCUCGAGCAGUACGUUUGACAGAGAGCCUGUACGCUCUCGUAACGAGCUUGCCGCUUCACCUCGUUCCAGUGUGGAUGCAUCGUCUGCGGACAGUCAUGUGCAACGCGGCUCGGCAGCUUGGGGGCACACGCAGAGCGAAAACACGCCUGCAUCCGCCGUCGUUACUCCUCCAAAGCGACUCGCGCGGCUGAACGCAGCCACGAUCAGAAGCGUAGCAGCAGCGCCUGCCAUCUUCUACACCCAACCAGGCGCAUGUGAAUCGUCGAGUUCUCUCGCAUCGUUCACUUCACCGUCGUCGUCGGCUGUUGGCUUGAUGACCACGCAAGAUGACGAUGCCUCGGUGAUGCAGUGGGGCACGCAAGCCGAACGCGCGCCGUUCUCGGAUUCGCAAUCGAGCCCGAGCCCGACUGCAUCACAUGCUGCUGCGUUUGCGCCUCUGUCGAGCCCACUACAGCCAUCGGAAGCAUUGCUGUCUGGAUCGGCUUCGUCGGCUUCGUCGCCGCUGCGACCGCGAAGCAAGACCGUCACAGCUGCCGACGUGGUACGAUCGCGACCCACAAACGUCCAAGUGCCGCCGAUGAUGUCCGAGGCCAUCUCGUCACCGGUCUGCAACGCGUCGCUACCCAAAUCCGCGAUUAAGAAGAUGCAAGCGGAAACAAGCCAGCGUCGAUAUGGACAGCAGAGUGAUCUGUUGGAUCUGCUCAAAGGCACACCCGCACGCCUUGUGCAUCAUGACGACAAUGACGACGCUGAUCACGCUGAUCACGACGAGGGAUUUGCGACUGUCAAACAGCGAAGCAUGCCACGAGCCGUCCCUGCCCCGCUAGUACUACGCAAGGCCUCAUCGCGCGAUUCAGCCGGUGCGUCGUCGCCGCCAGCAUCAAGUGGUGCUGCAGAGAUGCGUGAUGAUUACAUUGCCGGUAUUAGAAUCGACAAGAUCUCGCGCGGCUGCAAAGAUGCGUCGCAUCCUCUGUCGUCCAAGUACGCGGUUCUGUCGUCGGCAAAUGGAUGCGAGUUGGAAGAGUGGCAGACAGUCGCUGCGUACAAACUGAGACCUUACGAGCUGCUCGAAAUGCAAUGGAGCAUCCCUACCGAGCGCGUGUACAUCGCACCGAUCAACCUGCAAGACGUCAUGCGCGUCGCUGGCGCAGCAUCGAGCGUUCACCAAGGCGCCUUGAAGCAGACAUGCGCAGACGACACAUAUGCAGGGCCCGACGCAGACGCGCUCUGCCUGGAGCCGUACUUUGAAGGUUGGGUGUACGUGAUGAAAGGAUCAGCAAUCGGCAAGUCGGAAAAGCCAGCAAAGGGAUCGGCCAAACCAGCCAAGUGGAAGCUGCACUGGAUGAUGGUCAAAGGGUGGCGCAUCGACCUGUACCGCAAAAAGCCGAGGGCGGGCGAAGCGGUGUUGCCAGUGGCUGAGCAGGUGUGGUCCUUGCGAUCGGUGCAAUGCGUGGUGGAUGCGCAUAACGCUGUUCCUGCAAGUGUGGCGUUGCCGGCGCUCGACAUUAUGCCCACGUCCAGCCUCACGGUUGCGUUUUCGACCAAAGGUGGCACGGCUGCAUCGACGAGCAACGAAAUGUCUAGGCUGACGCUGCGGUGCAUCACGCAAUUUGACCACCAAGCUUUGUCGAUGUUGUUGCACCGAGCGUGGUAUCGAUGCAGCGCAAGCUCGGCUUUGGUCAUGGCGCGUAUUGACGAUUGGCGACGCAAAGCGGUGUUUCGGGCCAUCGUCGCCGGGCGCGGAGGGACAGUGGCGCUGGGUCGCGCCGGACGUGGUGGACGAAAUGCCGCAUCACGCACACGAUUACGACCUUCUGGUUGGCCAAAAGAGUGGGAAGAUGCAGAUCAAUGGUCGAGCGACUCGGAACGCGAACAGAUAGUGGCACCCGCCGAGCUGGAAAACAGCAUAGUGACGCAGCAGCAGCAAGCGAGGCGGGAGACAGUGACACAAGCCAAACCGAAUCAGCGUGUACAGCACAAGAGUAAGCACGAGGCGCACGAGGCGCAGGAGAGCGAGAUUGUGCCAAACGGGCUGUACGCGGCGCUGCUGGGUAGAAGUGGUAUAGCACCAACGAGGGCGAGCAAGAUGGGUCGAGGUGGAGCAUCGGAGAGUCUGUCGUACCGUCGAUCGGGUGUGCAACAACGAGGUUUGGCGCAAUCGGCAUCGCUGCCACACAUGGAGCCAGGGUUAAUGCUUGGCAGCACUGGCCAUUAUGCGUCUCGUCGACGGAGCGGCUCGGCAACACGUUCACCAGCGCGUAUCACGAGUUCGCCAGAACCUGCAGCCGCAGUAGCAGCUCGCUCGGCUGCGGCGACACGGGGUAGAAGCACAUCCUCACACUCUUCACGCAGCAGCCGAGACGUCUCGCGCUCAGCAUCGCCCAUGCCAUGGCGCAAAACAAGCGCCAGCGGUGGCAGCACCAACAGCGACGCGUAUGCAAUGUCUCCCGCGUCGGUGCCAGGCUUGGUCGACGUCCAACCUCGAGCCUCGGUGAUGGUGGACAAGUUCAAGCCGAGUCAACAGAAGGUCAAGGAUGCGCAAGCUAGCAGCCCUAGUUGA